CUACUUGUUGUUGCCUGUCUGAAGGAGCGUGAGUGGUGUAGUCUUCAAGCCGGUCAGCGACUCAGCUAGUCAGUCAUUCAAACUAUGAAAGGGAAUAAGUUUGAUAGAAGUAUACCAAGCUAAAAGAUCAAUAAGAGCAAAAGUCACAAACAGGAGAAGAGAUCUUACUGACAGAGCUUAGGAUGAUGGCAGAAGGGCGUUUUGCCAGUCUUCCCAGGUCCCUUCAUGCACACCACACCUUAGCUGGAGGCCCUGCCCACCCCGGAGUACCCAGCAGCUCUCUUGGUGCUCCCAGCAGCAGCACCACCUGCUCCUCCAGGAGGCUCCAGGCUUCCCUCGCCUCCUCCAUGGACCUCCUCAGCUCUAGACCCGGUCUCCCUCCAGGGCAGGGCAGCAGUCUAUCAGAGAUGCCCACCGCUGCCUACCAGCCAAUCUCCAUUCAUGGAACUCUGCCUCGACGCAAGAGAGGAGGGGCCAACCUCGCCCAUGGAAACUAUACUUGGGACCCAAAAACCAAUCACACGCAGCCAUUACUUUGCGGGAACACAUUACUAGCUCCUGGGCACAUCCACCAACCCAUGACCUCAUCACUGGUCCAAAAUGUCAUUGAUGACUUCCACGGUUACAGGGAGCCAGCUGCUGGCCUGGACGCCACAGUGGACUAUGUUAAGUUUUCCAGAGAUCAGUUCAUCCUGGACUGUCCCUCAGAGAAACUACGCAGAGAACUCGAGGAAGAGCUCAAGAUGAACUGCGAGGAGCCCCGAAGCCACGCAUGGUACCACGGGGCAAUUCCAAGACAGGUUGCAGAAAACCUGGUGCAGCGUGAUGGAGAUUUCUUGAUCCGCGAUUCGCUGUCCAGUCCAGGAAGUUAUGUUCUGACCUGCCAAUGGCGAAACGCUGCUCAGCACUUUAAAAUCAACAAGAAGGUGGUGAUGCUGAAUGAAGCUUACUCCAGAGUUGAGUACCGGCUCGAAAGAGAAGGAUUUGACAGUGUUCCUGCACUCAUUAGAUACUAUGUUGGCAACAGAAAACCUGUCUCACAGGUGGUGGGGGCCAUCAUCUUCCAGCCAAUCAACAGGGGGCUGCCGCUGCGCUGCCUGGAAGAAAAGUACGGACUGUCGAGCAAUCAUCGAGAGGUUGGGCUGAUGGCGCAGGAGAGGCGGAGUCAGAAACGUCUCAGCCUCAACAUCACCAACGGACACACACACGACAAUACACACACCGUGCACGACAGCACACACUCCCAGGACAACGGCUUGGUCCGAGGCAACCAGCUCAGGUUGAAGGAUCGCUGUGGAAGCCAACCAGCAAGUCUCAAUCAAGUUCAAGAAAGGCGACGCCCGCUCAAGGCGCACCAGUCAGAGAGUUUCCUACCUCUAGGAUCCAAACCGCAGCCCCAGCAGUCCCCUGAAGCGCUCCUCCCCAGCCCCAGCCCGAAGUCUCCAGUGUUUCGGACGGGAAGCGAGCCAGUGCUGAGCCCCUCUUUCCCACGGAGAUCAGUCGAACCUCUAGCAGGCCAGGCGAUCCGAGGCUCUGACAGCCAGCUCUGUCCUAAACCGCCUCCCAAACCCAGCAAAGUGCCGCUGGCUCGACUGGCUCGCUCCCCCUGCCUUCAGCCCUUGGUUCCCCUCUCCAGCUCCUCCAGCCUCACAGACUCCUCCACCACCUCCCCCAGCCUCGCUACACCUCCUCUAGACUCCACAUGUCUGGACACUGCUGGUUCUUCAUGGAGGAGUGGAGCUGCCACAGGUCCUCCAGUUCCUCCAGUGAAGCCUCCAAAGUUCCAACAUCAGCUCCUCCCUGCAGACUCCCACAGCUCCUCCACUUCUGUAGUUUCACCUGCUGAUAGUGUUCAGUAUCCUGAUUCAGAGGUGAUAGUCGGACGGACUGAACGGCUGCAGCCGAGCCCUGCAGACCUGAGGUCCUGCAGCCCACUGGAGUGGCAGCAGUCAAGCUCUCCACACCUCAUCACAGACCACAACAAUGACCUGCAGCUGCCGCUCUGCAGCUACGUGGAGAGGCUGAAGAGAGAGGGGGAGAGAGGGGGAGAGGAGGACAGGGAGGAGAAUGACGAGGGAGGACGGAGAGGGCUGGACAGAAGCUCCUACCAUCACGCUAUUGCAGCCUUAGAAAACACCAGCGAGGAGGAGGAAGAGGACGCAGGGAGGGAGGAGGAGAGCAGCGAACUAAAGAGCUGCAGUUUUCAACGGCCGAUUAUCGAGACAGAAACGACCUUCAGGCCGGCAGAGUUCGGAUCUCGACUUCUGCCACCAGAAAACAAACCACUGGAGAUGGUGGUUCUGAAGAAAGCAAAGGAGCUGCUGCUCAGCCACAAUCACCACAGUAUCGCCAGACACCUGCUGAUGGCCGACUGCCAGGUUGCGAGGAUACUGGGAGUGACUCCAGAGCUUAAAGGUCAGAUGGGCGUGUCGUCUGGUCUGGAGCUGGUGACGCUGCCGCACGGUCGACAGCUGAGGCUGGACCUGAUGGAAAGGCACCACACCAUGGCGAUAGGCGUUGCUGUGGAUAUUCUGGGAUGUACGGGCAGCGUGGAGGAGCGGGCGUCCACUCUGAAUCGCAUCAUCCUGGUUGCGAUGGAGCUGAAGGACACAGUGGGAGACCUGUUCGCUUUCACUGCUCUGAUGAAAGCUCUGGACCUGCCGCAGAUCAGCCGUUUGGAGGAAACAUGGACGACUCUACGGAGGAACUUCACCCAGACGGCCAUCAACUACGAGAAAGUACUGAAACCUUUCUACAAGAAUCUGUAUGAAGGCUCAGCCUCCUCUCCAGCAGUGGUCUGCGUCCCCCUCCUGCUGCCCCUCCUCACCUUGAUGGAGCGUCCGUCAAUCACACCUGAGGGGGCGGAGCUCUGGGAGACCAGCGACCAGGGCUGCGACAUCAUGCUGCGCCACCUGGAGGCCGCACGCAGCGUCGCGCACAACGCACAGAGCUACACCGACCACGCACAGGCCAUCUUACAAGGGUUUCAGUGCGACGACGACCUGCUCGAAGUGUUCAAGACGGACUUUCAGCUGCGGCUUCUGUGGGGAAGCCGCGGCGCUGCGGUCAACCAAUCAGAUCGCUACAACAAAUUCAACCUCAUUCUCACUGCGUUGUCACGGAAACUGGAGCCCCCACCUAAAACACAAACCUUAAUCUGACUCUAUCAAAGCAAACACUCAUGUCGAACAAAGCAGAAAGAAACAUCAGGUGGAUCAGGAAGCUGCUGUGAAUUAAAGGAGAGUGAUCAGGAUACAUUUCAACAUCAAGCACAUCAUCCGCUGCAGCAGGAGUCACUGAAGGCACCACGAGUGAACCAACAAAACACUCCAAAACUGGGACAGCGACAUUCACUGCUGCAGACUGGGAAGGCUCCCAGCAGCACCGCGGGGAAAAGUUCGACUUCAUGUAAAUGUCCUCUGACACAACGCGAGCUACAGCCUCAUCACAGUCUGCUCGUUUUCAUCAGUUAAUAUGUCACUGCAUCUGUUGCAAGAGAAAUCAGCUUAGCUCGAGUCCCGGCUCAGUCUCAGCUCAGUUCUGUUCAUGAAGCCAAAUAUCACAGCGUCAGCACACAGAUGACAGCAUACAACCACUGUCUGGUCUAGGACUGAGAACAGAAGGAAGAAAAAAAUAAGGCAGGAACCUGAUGACCAGACAUGCAGAAGAUAUCGUCUGCACAGAGAAGACAUCAGAGCAGAGUGUCAGGACGGACAGUCAGGAUGACAAGAUCACAGAUAAACUGUUUCACUGUCAAGUUAAACAAUGAGAACCUUCAGAAACAACACACAUCAACACUGAGAAGGCAGCCAGACAAAACAUGUCAACACUGUGUUCUUUUUUUAUUUUAUUAUACACUAUUUUCUGCACCACAGCGCUGGUAUCCUCCUCAUACACCACCGAUGUUACACAUGUAGGCACAGGGGAUGUACGCCACGACUCAGUCUGAUGGUUGUGUUGAACUUGGUGAUGAUAUUGGAUGAUUCAGGUUUAAAGGUUUUAAUGAGUCUGAUUCACAUUGUGUGAAGUCUGCUCUACAAUAACUAAGGUAACGUUUGCUGUUUUACUGUGACAAAUGUGCUCAUUGUUUUGUUUUACUCGAAGGCUUACGUUGCUGAGAUCAGAUAAGUAUAAAAAUGGAAAAAUAACGGUUUGAAUGCAGCCUGACCUGAACUAAACUAGCCUCUCCUGUUAAAGUGCAGUGAGAGGUAUUUGUGUUGGAGCAGAGCUGGCAGCAGAGACCUAAAGGGAAACGUUGCUGCUGCUGACUUUCUUUUCUAGUUUAUCGACAAUUCUUUUGACAAGGCAAAAGGAGAAAAACAGUAAAUAGCUCUCCGUCUACUGACUACUACAGUAGGAGUCAAGUAUCAGAGUGUUGUUUUAAAGACGUCGGCAUACCCUGAUUCCUCUUUCCUCAGAAUUAAUGUAUUUAACGUUAUAUUGAAUUAUCGAGCUACUUGACGUUGGACACAAAAGCACGUGUUCAGGUUGUUGCUGGAUCAUCAAGCAGCAAAAAAAGUCAAACAGUUCAGAUAAACAACUAUAUAAAUACUUUUUUAAAUAUUAGCAGCAGGGCUUUUUUUUUUUCUUUAAAUCAGCAGGUGACACAUAAAAUCCACGCUAAAUACUAUUUUACUACAUUUUCACCGGAGCGGAAAAUCUGAUCCAAACCUUCUGUGUGUGAACACGUAGCAACAAGUGUCUGUAGAGAAACACCAAAUCACUGAAAUAUGUUAACACCAGACUAAAGCUGUACAUAUUGGAAGCAUGUUGAUAAUAGACUGUACAUACUUUCUGUAGAAGACUGUAAAAAAAACAAACAAAAAAAAGAUGUUGGAGAAUUUUAUUAUGUUUAUAUUAUUAUGAACUACUGUGGUAAGAUUUAAUAAAUAUGAUAUAUGAUC